ACUCUCGCGCCAUCAGGGACUGUGGAGUUUUAACGGGCCCUUGAUGGAUUUUCUUUUCGGUCUUGGCUCGGAGCCAUGCACCAUUUCGUGAUGGAUUGCCACCCGGUCCCAUUACACGUGCGUGGUGUUGUAUCAUCGUUUGAGAGCCUUGGGUACGCGGGCACAAAGAUAAAUAACCCCCAGACCCGACAAACCCUUUGGCGGUUUUCCCCAGCAUCUCUCCAUACUCCCCAUUUCCCCGUUGAUCCUGCCCUUCGAAAGAUCUCGACGAGCAUAACAUCAUGGGGCACAAAGAAAACGCUGCCGGUGUCCCCACCUAUUGGGGGGCGUCUGGUGCAAAGCUACAGAAGCUUGUCACCACCGUUGCUACCAUCGACUUCUUACUAUUCGGUUACGAUCAGGGUGUCAUGUCUGGUAUCAUAUCCGGCCCUCCCUUUGUUCAUGAUUUCCCUCAAGUCGAUGGCGACGACACAUGGCAAGGUUUCGUCGUGUCCAUCUACGCUGUUGGUUGCUUCUUCGGUGCUCUCUUCAUUCUCUUGUUUGGCAACAAACUCGGUCGUCGCAAGGCUAUCUUCAUGGGUGCCUCUGUCAUGAUUAUUGGCGUUAUCGUUCAGAUUACUUGUGUACCCCCCAGUCACGGCGCGACUGCUCAGUUUAUUAUUGGGCGCUUCAUCACUGGCAUUGGAAACGGUAUCAACACCUCGACUAUUCCGAUCUGGCAAGCAGAAUGCUGUCACUCGCACAACCGAGGCAAGCUGAUUUGCAUUGAGGGUGGUAACGUCGCCAUUGGAACGUUGAUCGCUUACUGGCUCGACUAUGGCGCUAGCUACGGUCCUCACGCAUUUACUUGGAGGUUCCCCAUCGCGUUCCAAAUCGUCUUCGCAGCAGCUGUUCUCGUCCUCAUGAUCAACAUGCCAGAAAGCCCACGUUGGCUACUUACGCAAGAUCGAGUAGACGAAGCGGCCACAAUUCUAGCCGCCCUCAAUGGCGAGAGCCGUUCGGAUCCUCGCCUCAACACUCAGCUCAGCAACUUGAGGGAUGCCGUGCGUGCUUCUGGCCAGCUCGACAACAAGACUCGCCCUAAGGACCUUUUCACUGGAGGCCCCACGCAACACUUCCGUCGUAUGUUGCUUGGUUUCUCUUCGCAGAUGAUGCAGCAGUUGUCUGGAUGCAAUGCUGUCAUUUACUACUUCCCUAUCCUGUUUCAAACAGCUAUUGGUGUUUCCAACAACACAGCCUUGCUGCUUGGUGGUGUUAACCAGAUUGUUUACGCCCUGUUCGCCACCACCUCAUGGUUCGCUGUCGAGCGUGUCGGCCGACGUAAGUUGUACCUUAUCGGUACCGUUGGACAGUGCUUAUCCAUGGUUCUCACUUUUGGUGCUUUGAUUCCUGGUACCCCUUCCGCCGCGAAGGGUGCUGCUGUUGGUCUAUUCACUUACAUUGCGUUCUUCGGUGCCACUUGGCUACCGCUACCUUGGCUCUACCCCGCCGAAAUCAACCCGCUCAAGACCCGUGCUAUGGCCACGGCUAGCUCGACAGUCAGCAACUGGCUUUGGAACUUCUUCAUCGUUCUUAUCACUCCUGUGCUCGUGAACAAUACGGGUACGCACGGUUGGGGUACUUAUCUAUUCUUCGCUGUUCUGAACGCCAUCUUCUUCCCCAUCAUCUACUACCUGUAUCCCGAGACAGCAGGCCGAAGUCUCGAGGAGAUUGAUGUCAUUUUCGCCAAAGGAUAUACAGAGAAGAUCAGCUACGUCAAGGCGGCCAAGGAACUUCCCUUCCUUGCUGAAGAUGAGGUUAUGAGCAAGGCUCGCGAGUACGGUAUUGAUGUUGAGACCGAGGAAGGCCAAGUUCCAGGUGAAGUAGAGAAGCCUACCAUCUCGGAGACCUCAUCGUCACGAUCAGCUGUUUAGAUUAUAGAAGAACGGCUGGGUCGUCUUCAAUGGUAUGGUCGCGUUUUGAAAACGCCGGUUAUUUACGAAAACUUAUGAAAGACUUUUUGGCAUAUAAGAGAGACCAAGGUUUUUUAAGAGGACCUACUGGAUAGACUCGCAUUGAGCGAGAGAGAGACUUUUUGCAUUUUCAUGUUACGUUAGAUACCACCACUUGAGCAUUUGGAUAUCCAUAGAUCGGGCAUGCGCCUUUUGGCCGCGCGCGACCCAAGUUUGGAGAGUAGACUGAUUUUUCUAAACUACACUAGCGCUUGCAAUUAGAAGCGAUACAAAACAGUUACAAAUACAUUAGAUUGUAUUCAAAACACCAUUUAGUGAUAUGUACAUACCG